UUGUCACCAAAUAAAUUUAACAAGCAAAUAAACAAAGUCCCUUUCUCCUUCUCUUUCUCUCUCCAUCUCUCUGUUCAUCCGAAUUUAUUAUUCUUUCCCAUUUGAUUCUCUCUCCAAAAGCUCCAAUCUUUCGUAUUAUGGUCUGAACCUAGAUUCGAUCGGUUUUUAUAUCUCUACAGACCCACCAGCGAAGGAACAACUUGUAGUAUUUGUAGUAGUAGUAGGUAGUAGUAGCAGUAGGAACAACGUCCGCAUGAGAGAAGAUCUCUCUAAAAUGUCCGAAAACGAUGAGACGCCGUCUCCGUCCGAUCUAUUUACGGUGUCUGUCUGCGGCGGCGAGUAUCCACAACCUAUUCCAGAUCAAGUACUCGAGAACGUUCUAGAAAACGUCCUCUUCUUCCUAACAUCGCGACGGGACCGCAACGCUGCGUCCCUGGUCUGCAAAUCAUGGUAUCGCGCUGAGGCUUUAACCAGAUCCGAGCUAUUCAUCGGAAACUGCUACUCUGUUUCGCCAAGCCGCGUCACCGACAGGUUCCGCAAUGUCCGGUCGGUGACUCUGAAGGGAAAACCCAGGUUCGCUGAUUUCAAUCUCAUUCCUAACGAUUGGGGUGCGUAUUUCAAGCCUUGGGUGAACGCUAUGGGAAGCUCUUACCUUGCGUUGGAAAAGAUUUGUCUUAAACGAAUGUACAUUAGAAAUAAAGAUCUUAAAAUGAUUGCUUCUUCAUUCAUCUCUUUCAAGGAGCUUGUUCUUAUCUGCUGCGAAGGAUUUGGGACUUAUGGGCUUUCUCUCAUCGCAGCCAAGUGCAGUAAACUACGAGUGCUUGAUCUGAUUGAAGCUGAGGUGGAAGAUGAUGAAGUGGAUUGGAUUUCAUGUUUCCCACAAGGUGAAACUUGUUUGGAAUCUCUUAUCUUUGAUUGUAUUGAAUGUCCCAUUAAUGUGGAAGCAUUGGAGAGGCUGGUGGUUAGGUCUCCUUUUCUUAGAAAACUUAGAGUGAAUCGAUAUGUAUCUUUGGGUCAGCUUUAUCGCCUCAUUACUCGAGCCCCCAAGCUCACUCAUAUUGGGACAGGGUCUUUUAGUCCUUUGGAGAUUGUUCAACAUGAACUUGACCAUGAACCGGACUAUGCAGCCGCAUUUGCUGCUUGUAAGUCAUUAGUUUGUCUCUCGGGAUUUAGGGAAGUGGUGCCCGAUUAUCUCCCGGCGAUCUAUCCGGUGUGUGCUAAUCUCACCGAGUUGAAUCUAAGCUAUGCCAAUAUUACUGCUGAGCAACUUAAGCCCGCUAUUCGCCAUUGCCAUAAACUUGAGGUUUUUUGGGUCCUUGAUUCUGUAUGUGAUGAGGGCCUUCAGGCUGUGUCUGCAACAUGUAAAGAACUUCGUGAGCUUCGAGUAUUUCCAAUCGAUGCCCGAGAAGAUAGUGAAGGACCUGUUUCUGACGUGGGUCUUCAAGCAAUUUCCGAGGGUUGUAGGAAACUACAGUCAAUUCUCUAUUUCUGCCAGAGAAUGACAAAUUCAGCUGUGAUAGCAAUGUCCAACAACUGCCCAGAUCUUGUAGUGUUUCGCCUCUGUAUAAUGGGGCGGCAUAGGCCAGACCACAUUACGGGUGAUCCAAUGGACGAGGGUUUCGGUGCCAUUGUGAAGAACUGUAAGAAACUUACUCGGCUGGCCAUCUCUGGCUUACUUACCGAUAGGGCAUUUGAAUAUAUUGGCCGAUACGGAAAAUUGGUGAAGACUUUAUCUGUUGCUUUUGCGGGUGAUAGUGAUAUGGGAUUGAAGUAUGUUCUUGAAGGCUGCCUGAAAUUGCAGAAGCUUGAGAUUAGAGAUAGCCCAUUCGGGGAUGCUGCUUUGCUAUCUGGUUUGCACCAUUAUUAUAAUAUGAGAUUUCUUUGGAUGUCGUCUUGUAGAUUAACUCGUCAAGGCUGCCAAGAGGUGGCUCGAAGGCUUCCAAAUUUAUUUGUGGAGAUCAUGAAUGAGAAUGGAGUGGAUCAGCCAGAGGGCGAAAACAUAGACAUAUUGUACAUGUAUCGUUCUCUGGAGCAACCUAGGUCCGAUGUUCCUAAAUUUGUUACAAUCUUAUGAAAUCCUUUUCUCUUUUUGGUAUGUCUUUGAAAAAUCAAUUUUCACUUUGUUUGUAUAUCUUAUUUGAUGAAAGAAGUCUCUCCAAUAGCUGCACCUACAGAUUUGGUUUGGGGAAUUCAUUUGGAUCAGAUUUACUUCCUCUAUAUUUCAAAUUGUAUUAUUUUGUUUUAAGGUUGUAGGUGGUGAUGAACAGUCACAAUGACUCAAUCUAGAAAUGUUUGUUUCUUCAU